AGCCGUUCAUCGAACCAGUCGCCAUUUUAAUUUUACCAGUGAGUCAAAGUACGACGUCAUCAAAAGUAUUUUAUUAAAAGUGUCAUUGAAAUCAUUAAAUAAUUCUAAUAUCCAUCAAAAUUUAUCUCCAGUUCCUCAAAAAAUAAAAUUCAAAUAAAUUUGAAUUUUGAAUUUCAAAGAAAAAAAACAAUUCCACAACCACAAGAUGACGGGAAAACGCAGCCAUCAAUAUAACGAAGACUCGUCUGGAGACAGUGAUUUUUAUUACGAAAAUUCAUCGACUGGUAAUUCAAACAAUGGCUCAAUAAUUGAAUCUAUCGAACCACAAGUUCGUAAACGCGGUCGCGGUCCAUCAAAGCGGCCAUGUUUGAAUCGCAACGCGCUGAUGGCACGAAUGAAUCGUCAAAAAAAAAAGGAAUAUGUUGAAAAAAUAGAAAGCAAACUAAUGCACCAUCGUCAAGAAAUAAAAGACUUGACUUCAAUAAAUAAAAAGCAGUGCAUUGAGUUAAAAAAAUUAAACGCAGAAGUGUCAUAUUUAAAAAAUAUCAUCAACAAUAAAUCUAGUAUUUCAUUGCUCCUGAAAUCAAUGAACGAAAUUCUGCGACGCAGCAAAAGAAAACCAGAUCCGAGUCCAAAGUCCAUUUGUCAUAUAGCAGAAAAUAAAAUCAACAAUGGCGAAGAAAAAGGGGUUAAUUACGAUCCAACAAACGGCCAAGUUUCUGUAAAAGAUUUAAAUCUUACUUGCGACAGUGCCAUCAAACCUCAGAAUGAAUUGACGAAAUCAUUUGAAUCCGUCGAAGACAUUGAUCUAGGAAUCAGCGACACAGACAUCGAACAGCUCAGUUCGAUCGACGAUAUGUUCAAUAAUUUAAAUGACGACCUGGAUGACAAUGAGCCGAUUGAUUUUUUAAAACCCAACGACAGUCCUGUGGAGUCGAUAGAUCUGUUCAAUGAUUUGGACAACGGAAUUUGCGUCCACGUUAAUUCUGGAAGAGUUUCACUGGAAUUUUGCUCAGCUUGCCACUACAACAGCGUCAAUUCAAACGGACCCUGAAUUUGGAUGACAAUCUUACGGAAUUCGGUUAUAGAUCUGACAGAUUUAUUUACUGGAUGGUCGGUAACGUAGAAUAAGAAGACUACGGCUCAUUUAUUUUUUUAUAAUUAUUUUCUAUUAAAAUACUGUAGGUUGUAAGUUUCAUAUAUAAAACUACUGUAAGUUUAUUUAUGUUAGUUAAGGAUGAUAGUGUAUGUUAUAUUAUUGUUAUUUACGUUGUGAACCUCCGAGACUGUACCAGUUCUUUCAUUUUUACAGGACUUGAGGCGGCAGGAAAUUUAUCUCGGAUCUAUGGGAUAUUUGCCAGAUAAAAUUAAGUUGUCGCAUUGCUGAAUGGAGCUUGAUGCAGAAUUUAAAAAUAACGCCAGUUAAACUCUAAUUAAUAUACACUUAGCAACGUUUAUCAGUUUCAGCUUUCAACUUGCGACUGAUCAGCAAUAGCGCAAUGGAACGGCUUUUAUUUAUCUUAUAAAUAAAUAAAUAUACAACAUUGUUGGUAAUUAAACGUUUAGACGUCAUGAAAAAAAUCCGUCUCAAGUACCUCGUAUUAAUUAUUCACUUAAAUUACAUGUACAUGAGAAAUUUUUUUUUUCUGUCUGUGAUAUAAUUUACAUAUUAAUUAUUCAACACUUUCCAUGUUCUUUAAUUGUUAUUUAAAAAAAAAAAGAACUUUAGAAUUCAA